GGCUUGGUGUUGGAUCAUUUCUCUCUCAUCGGGCCAGUUUGAAUAGUGUGUGUGGUGUUGUGAAGUACGCUGUAAUUAUAAUUUUAUAUCACUAAAAUGUCGAGUGGAGCAACACCGAAGAAGUUAAAGAAAGUUGAAGGAGCCAGCGCAUCAGGCGAAGGAGAAGAAGGACGAGAUUAUGAUGCCGAAACGCAGAAAGCUUUGGAAGAAAUAGAUGCUUGUCAAAACGAAAUCGAUGCUCUGAAUGAAAAGGCAAGCGAGGAAAUACUGAAGGUGGAACAGAAAUACAACAAAUUGAGAAAGCCGUAUUUCGAAAAGAGGAACGACAUUAUCAAAAGGAUACCAAAUUUCUGGGUUACUGCAUUUGUAAACCACCCUCAGAUUUCAGCAAUCCUUGAAGAAGAUGAAGAAGAUUGCUUACAUUACCUGUCCAAACUGGAAGUUGAAGAAUUUGAGGAUAUCAAGUCUGGUUACAGAAUCAAUUUCCACUUUGAAGAGAAUCCAUAUUUUGAAAAUGAUGUACUCACCAAAGAAUUCCACCUGGGGUCUUCUGGAGAUCCAGCUUCUCAGAGCACUCCCAUUCGAUGGAAGGAAGGAAAUGACUUAACUAAAAAGGGCAAAGAAAAGAAUGUUGGAAAGGGACGAAAACGAGCUAUGGAACAAAAGACAUUCUUUAAUUGGUUUACAGACCAUGGUGAUCCAUCAGCAGAUGACAUUGCAGAGGUUAUCAAAGAUGACAUGUGGCCCAACCCACUGCAGUAUUACUUGGUGCCUGACAUUGAAGUUGAAAAUGGUGUCGAGGGUGAGGAUGAUGGCAGCGAAGAAGAGGAAGGUGAUGAUUCAGUAGUUGUUGUGGAGGAAGUUGAAGAAGAGGAGGAUGCAGAGGGUGAAGAGGCUGAUGAUGAUGAGGUAAUGGUGGAAGAAGAUGAAGAAGAGGGGGAAGAGGUUCUAGAGGAAGGUGAUGAUGAAGGUGAUGAAGGUGAGGAAGGUGGUGAUGAGUGA